UUCUUGGCUUUCAGAAAUGCCACACACACAUACGAACUCCACUCCAGUAUUGUUCUUUGCCUUUUUUAGUUUUUCGGGAACAGCUUGUAUAAUAAUAUAGACGCUGCCUACCAUGACAUGAGUUGUUUUGCAGUCCUCUGCCGCGUGAAAGCUGCUUCUCCAGGUUCCUGUCGUUGGGCACUCAGUGCUCGUGUUUAUAGCUACACAGCGUUCGGUUGGACUCCUGCAGAGCAAAGCAAUUUUUCCGGCGAGCCCAUCAUGAAUACGUCCUAUUUGCAGGUCCUGGGCACUGGCCAGACGGACAGCUUUCCGUCGAUCGGCUUGAUGUGUCCACGAGUGAGGUUGGUAUUCAAUUCCAGUGAAAAUCAACAACGUGUCCUGGCAGAACACACCGAGGGUAUUCGCCUCAGCCGCGUCAACUGUUUCUUCUUCACGCGUGGCCAUUGGGACAAUAUUGCCGGCAUGCCAGGAUCAUGCCUCACUCACUGGCAAGUCGGCAAGUACAACUUGAACUACUGUGGACCGAAAGCGACCAGCAAUAUCCUUCGCUCACUGGUUCCGUUCACCAUGCACCCCGCGGCAAUGCCAGAAGCCAUGGCCGAGUACAGUAGUGAGGAUGCAACUUACCCCGUUCAGACAUUUGAUGAUGGUGUGACUGUGACUCCAUUGGUCUUCUCAGUGCCCAUAACACAGUCAGAGCCUCGGCCGCAGCAGUUUCUGCUAUCGGGCUCUAUGACUCCCUCACCGGCCUCAUCGGACAACGAGAGUGACUCGAACAACAGUACUGACGACCAUCCGCCAGCGAAGAGAUCGUUUGUUGGUGCCUUCUCCCGUCCCUCGUCCAAUGCUUCGUCAUCGUCACCCGGAGGGCACACAGACGAGAUCAGCACUGCAUAUGUUUGCCAGUUGCCAGACUUGCAGGGGACAUUCAAUCCACGAAGGGCAACAGAGCUUGGCGUUAAGAAGGGAGCCUUGUUUGGGAAGCUCAGUAGCGGCCACUCCGUCACGCUGCCCGAUGGGAAAGUGGUGACUCCCGAAGAAGUUAAUGAGCCGAUGAAUAAGGGCACGUGCUUCAUUGUUGUCGAAUGUGCAACAUCGGACUUCGUCGCACCAAUCACCAGCUCUAACAAAUUCUCCAAAUGGCAGAUUGGAGGGGAGAAAGCAGAUGCAGUAGCUGUGCUUGUUCACAUGACUCCGCAGGAUAUCAUCGACUCUGACACGUACCAAACGUGGAUGAAAUCGUUUGCGCCGACCGUCAAACAUCUGUGUUUGAACAGGGCAGUAGCGCCGGCACCCCUGGUGCAGUUCUCUGGCACAAAGCUGCAAGCGCAGCUCAACGUCCUGGAUCAGCGUGUCUUCCCCAUUCCAUACUACAGCUAUCAACUGCCCGCCGUAGCAGCGGACCUUCCAGAGAACUGCCGCUCCGGCGAUCUCAUGCUGGCGUUUGCCCUGUACAAGCAGACGGGUCGCAAGAAUCGCAUGCUGCAUGGCUGGUCUGACAUGCAGGUGCAGACUCCGAUCGAUGUCAAUGCACUGCGCGAUGAGCUGCUCGCCAUUCCCAACGUCUUGCCCGCUGUGGAGGAACUGCGCAAGGUGCAGCGAGAACUGGAACAAGUAGCGCAGGUCAAUGCUGGCACUGCCAACGCCAGCGCGAAAAGCACUGAAGACCCUGUUCCCCCGUGUGAAGCUGCACCCGAGCCUACACAAGAAUCUACGCAGACUGUCACCAGUGACAGUGGCAUGCCUUUGGCAGAUAAAGCAGACGAUAUCCUGGCCAGUUUGGCAGCUAUUUCGGACCGUCGUGCUUCAGACCGCCGUGCGAAGGACCCCGAUGUGCUUCCAUGGACGGAGGCAUCGACCGUGGCGCAAGUGCCGUCUUCAUUCGACCCGCUCGCCAGCGAAGUGGUGUUUCUCGGUACUGGCGCUGCCAUACCGGGAAAGUUCCGCAACGUCAGUGCUAUCCUUUUGAAGUUUGGUGAGCUCUCCAUGCUGAUGGAUGGCGGCGAAGGAACGUUGGGUCAGAUGUAUCGCCAGUUUGGCCUCGACCUGGACCGUGUCUUGUGUGGCCUACGGCUUAUUUCCAUUUCACACAUCCAUGCUGAUCACCAAAGUGGCAUCGCAUCUGUCCUGCUGGAACGUGAGUCGGCAUGCAAGCGUCUUGGCUGGGAGGUACCACCGGUGGUUGUGAUCGGCCCCACCACAUGGAUGACCUUCUACAGGUACUUGGCGUCUGCCAUGGUUGUGCCCGAUAUCAGUUUCUUUGGAACGAACAGAGCGACUGGCAAAGGCCUGGCCACGGAUGUUCUUGCUCGUACCGGUUUGCCCAUCACACGGCUGUACACUCAUCCCGUGCUACACAGUGUACCAGCCUGGGCAUCUGUGGUGGAAAUCCGCGGCAAGCAGCAGGCGGAUGGCAGUGUUGGCAAAGGCUAUACACUAGUCUACAGUGGCGACACCAAACCAUGUCAGACAUUGGCUGAUGCUGCUCGAGGUGCGGAUCUGCUCAUUCACGAGGCAACCUUUGACAGUGGCCUGGUCGACAAGUCCAUGGACAAGUGUCAUUCGACUAUCGGAGAAGCGCUUGGUAUUGGCGAGAAGAUGGCGACCGACUUUGUCAUUCUGACGCAUUUCAGUCAGCGGUACAAGAUGCCAAUUCUCGACGACUGCUCGAACCCUCCAGUUCCGUUUGGUGUUGCCUUUGACAUGAUGACGGUUCGAUUGGGUGAGCUGAGUCGCCUGCCUAAGCUUAUACCGAUGCUUCAGAUGGUGUUUGACGCGCGUGAUAAUGCUAUUCGCAGCAGAGACAGCUCACCGGUAGGAUCUCCACAUGCCGGCCGACGUCACGGCUCGCCUCACCACGGCGGUGCGAGGCGCUACGCACAUACCGCUGCUACAGGUGGAAGUCCCCAAUCAGUAUCACCUGAAGAUGCAGCAUUGAAAGACGGUGGCAGCAGGUCACCAGUGUCCGGAUCACCUCGGGGUCGACGACGAGGCAGCGGCUCGCCAAGGAACCACCACCACCGCCGCCACCGCAAUCACUCUCGCUCCCCAAGCAACAGCCCAUCAGGGUCUCCGGCAAGAUGACACUAGUGUGCGCCACGCCUGAAACGUAACUCGUCUUUGUCUUCUGACAAGGCAGCGCAGUGUCUUUAUGUCAAGUGUGCUGCAGUAAUACUGUUGGCAGUGUGCUGUUUUCCGCCGGCAUCUUGAACCUUUACCGCUGCCAGUUCAUGUCCUAUCAUGCUGAGGAGUGACGUAGAUUCCCAGCAGGCUUCUGGAUGACUGUAAAGUGCACGUAGCCUGGAACAUGACAACAGCAGCACCUCCAGAGCCAGCACGCUCUAUUAUGCUGCAUGCAUGCAUGCAUGAUGUUGCAUUUCUCAUGCAUCUUCUGCUGUUUUGAGGAGUUCCACCUCGCUUUCUCGCACAUGCCUUCAGCGUUUUUAUUCUUCUUUAGUCAGCGUUUUGGAAAUUAUUUUACUUACAUGUAAAAAAAGUAUUUAUGUGGCAGCUAAAAAGUUUCAUGAUAAUGUCCUGAGUUUGAACAAAAAAUGAUCAGCUUAA